CAACAAACAGGAGACAGCAUGCACGGAGUGAAACGAACCCGCCUCACAUCACAAGCCGCCGCUGCCAAACGCGCAAAGGAGCAAGUCAAGGUGGACGCGUACCUUGCCCUACAAAAGGAGGUUCUCGAGCUUAAACAAGCCGGCGAUUACUCUGAAGGGGCUCUUGGAAAGACGAAUCAAUUACUUGAUCUGAAUCCAGAGUUCUAUACUAUCUGGAACUACCGCAGAAAUAUACUACUGGCUCUCUUUCCUUCAUUAACGUCCGAAGAUAUUGUGACGUACCUCGCCAACGACCUUCGCCUCACGACGUCUUACCUCCUCGUCCAUCCGAAGGUCUACUGGAUAUGGACACACCGCAAAUGGUGCCUUCAGUCUGUGCCAGCUGGGCCAGGGGAUAGCCAAGAGUGGCGAAAGAAGUUUUGGGAUGGCGAGAUGAAGCUUGUGGACAAGAUGUUGGACGCUGAUGCGCGGAACUUCCACGCCUGGGGCUACAGAAAAUAUGUCUUGGAAUCCCUCCCUACCAAACGCCCCCUCUCCGCUGAGCUAAACUAUACCCAGUCCAAAAUUGAGUCCAACUUUUCCAACUUUUCUGCUUGGCACUAUAGAACCAAAACCUUGGCCGCCAUGUGGGAAGAAUCGGGUGCGACAGAGGAUGAAAUCAACAAGACAAAGGAUGAAGAAUUUGAACUGGUGGCACAGGCGCUUUGGACAGACCCCGGAGAUCAGAGUGGGUGGCUGUACCAUCGAUGGUUAGUAGGGCCGAGUAAGUGAAUGCGCUCUGUCGUGUAAUACCCAGCACUUAUCCGACACAGCGCCACCUAAGGAGGUACUUGAGCGUGAACUCAAGAAUAUUCAAGACCUCUUUGAAGCGGAACCUGACUCUAAAUGGUGUAUGAAUGCCCUUGCUCAUUACACUCUUCUUCUGGCGCAGCAACCAUCAACAUCAGAAGAAGAGGCUAUCAGCAUUAGACAAAGGGCCAAGGGACUGUAUGAAAAAUUGAUUGACGUUGAUUCGGAUCGAAAGGAAAGGUAUAAAGAUAUGGCUGCUUCUUGUGUUGAGGAAUGAGUAACAUAGAAAUAGUGAAUCUAUGUAUAAUAUGGAUGCAUGUUAUUGUGCAAG